UCGACAAUUCACAAGUAAAUCGGUGUAAUAAAUAUUUAUUUAUUGUCAUUUCUUUCCAUAUUUAGCUUUUUAUAUGCAGCAUGCAUAUAUCUUUUUUUCAUUUUUUUUUAUAAAAAAAUAAAAAUAAAAAUAAUCCAUUUUUUAUUUUUGUUGUUCACCCUUUUGACCCCACAAACAAAAUAAAAACAGCCAAUGGAAGCACGCAAAUCUCUCGCUCAAUAAUUUCCAUUUACACUUUGCAUUUUUGCAAGCAUAGCAACCCCCUCGAAAGCAGGAAGUUAAAGGUAGAGAAAAAGAUAUGAAAAUAGAGAGAAUUUUGCAAGAAUAUUAUUGAAAAAAGAGAAAUAAUAUUGCAAGAAUAUUGUUGAAAAAAAAAAAUCACAACAUGGCGGCAUAUAGGGCUGAUGAUGAUUAUGAUUAUCUGUUUAAGGUUGUAUUAAUAGGAGAUUCUGGUGUUGGUAAAUCCAACCUUCUUUCUCGAUUUACUCGAAACGAAUUCAGCCUCGAAUCCAAGUCCACCAUUGGUGUCGAAUUCGCUACUCGUAGCAUUAGGGUUGAUGAUAAAAUUGUUAAGGCUCAAAUUUGGGACACUGCUGGCCAAGAAAGGUACCGUGCAAUAACGAGUGCAUACUAUAGAGGAGCUGUUGGUGCAUUGGUUGUUUAUGAUGUUACUCGCCAUGUCACAUUUGAAAAUGUGCAGAGAUGGCUUAAGGAACUCCGCGAUCACACAGAUUCCAACAUCGUGAUCAUGCUUGCUGGGAACAAGGCUGAUUUACGUCACUUGCGUGCCGUCUCUGUAGAAGAUGCCAAAGGUUUUGCUGAACGGGAGAACACUUUCUUCAUGGAAACAUCUGCCCUGGAAGCAUUGAACGUCGAGAAUGCCUUUACUGAAGUUCUAUCCCAGAUCUAUCAUGUUGUGAGCAGGAAGGCACUCGACAUUGGAGAUGACCCAGCAGCAUUGCCAAAGGGACAGAACAUAAACAUUGGUUCCAAAGAUGAUGUAUCAGCGGUCAAGCAAUCCGGAUGUUGUUCCAAUUAGUCAACAAAGACAGGGUAAAAAAAAAAAAGAAAAAAAAGAACAGAAAAGUGCAGAUUCAGAUAACAGGAAAAUUAAAGAGGAUAAAUAGUUAUAUUCUGCUGAUACACCCUGUUCAUAUCAUUAAUGAGGAUUUAAUUUGAUUAGUUACUUUGUAUAGUUGCUACAGAUAUUUCUGAUUAGGAAUGACCUUGUUCUUCAGCUACUUUGAUAGUUUGUUUAUGUUUCAUUCCUCUUGAAAUUCAAUUUUGCUGUCUAUGAAUCUGAUUAGUCUGAUGCUUACCUUGUUGAUAAGUUGAUUCAAAAUGUAUGAUGCAAUUGUAAGCGAUGUCUACUAAGAUUAAAGGACAGCACAGCAGUCGGAUAAGAACAAAAACUCCAACCUCAAAGUACGAAAAUGACAACGUCUUGGUCAAAAGGACGGCAGAAAAGUCAGAUAAGAGUCAAAAUCUAAACCUACAGGUUGGAAAA